GUGAUCAGGUGUCUGGCAGGUGUGCGAGAAGAAGCGCCAAACCCAAACUUUUUUCCACCCAGGGGGACGCUUUCCUCUCCUCAAAAUGGACGGACUCAAACUAUGCUGUCGGUGAUCUCCGGGUCGAAGCACCGAGCCCUCUGCAGCUGCCUGUCCGACGUGGAGCGGGUCCGUUUCCGCAUUCCCUCAGCCUCCGUGCGCAGUGCAGGAGCGAGCUGCGAGUCCUCUGAACACAACCAACCGGUUCCUCCGGAUCGUCCACCCGCCGCUGCUGCCGGUGCUGGGGCACCAUGUUUCCAACAGCAGGGACAGGGAGGUCGGCUGCGGGCUGAGAGCUGAAACUCGCCGUCUUGUUUAGGACGAAGCUCCUUCAUGUCCCGGGAUGGAGAGCUGCUGUCGCUCCUGUAUGCCGUGUCUGAGCCGGCUCUGGAAUUGGAUCUGGCCCGACUUCCGCUACCCGAGCGUGCCCAACAACAACAACCAUGUCAUCGCCAACCCGGCGGUGACCCAGCCGGCGGAGAUCCGCACCGUGUCCGGCAACAUCCGCGCGCCGUCGCCCAAGAAGCGGCCGGUGCAGCUGUACGCGGCUCUGUUCGACUUCGAGGCCCGAAGCGACGACGAGUUGACGGUGAAGGAAGGAGACAAGCUGUCGGUGAUCGAGAAGCGGGGAGAGUACGUCCUGGCCAAGAAGCUGACCGGCUCCCUGGAGUCCGGACUGAUCCCGGCCAACUACGUGGCUCUGCUGCAGGACGAGUUCGCCAAGCACAAAUGGUAUUAUGGGAAUAUAAACCGCAUGAAAGCUGAGAAGCUGCUGCUGGCCUCCCAAAACAAAGAUGGCUCCUUUCUGGUCCGCAUCAGUGAAAGUCACAGCGACGAGUACACGAUCUCAGCUCGCAGCGAGGGCAAAGUGUACCACUUCAGGAUCCAGCGCUCGGCCAUCGGGGCGUACUUCGUCUCGGACAAGAUCUCCUUCGCCACGCUGGGAGAACUCAUCUCCUACUAUCAGAGAAACUCCCGCAGCUUGGGGGUUCUGCUGGACGAGCCGUGUGCUCAGCAGCGGGAACUGUUCGACAUGGAGCCCUGGGAGAGACCGCGAGAGGAGUUCAAGCUCCACAGGAAGCUGGGAGAGGGACACUUCGGCGAGGUGUGGGAGGCGCUGUGGACGACGGAGAACAAGAAGGUGGCCAUCAAGAUGCUCAAACAAGAGGACACCAAGCAGGACGAGUUUGUGAAGGAGGUCCAGGCGCUGAAGAGUCUCCAUCAUCCCAAACUGAUCCAGCUGCUGGCCAUGUGCUCCAGAGGAGAGCCUGUCUACAUUGUCACAGAGCUGAUGAGCAAAGGAAGCCUCAAAUCCUACCUCUCAUCUGUUGAAGGCCAAGUGCUGACAUCAGCACAUCUUAUCUACAUGGGAAGUCAGGUAGCAGAAGGAAUGGCCUACUUGGAGGACAGGAACAUUGUCCACAGGGACCUGGCAGCCAGAAACAUCCUGGUGGGGGACGAUCUGGUCUGCAAGGUGGCUGACUUCGGGCUGGCUCGGAUCAUCAAGGACAGCGUCUACACCGCCAGUCGCAGCACCAAGAUCCCCGUCAGGUGGACGGCGCCAGAGGCAGCAAUUUACCAGAAGUUUUCAGUCAAAUCGGACGUCUGGUCCUUCGGCGUCUUGCUGUAUGAAAUGAUGUCACGUGGGAAAAUGCCUUAUGAAGGAAAGAGUAACAAGGAAGUGUUGGACCUGCUUUCCUCCGGCUUCCGUCUGCCGUGUCCCACGCGGUGUCCUCAGAACAUCUUCCGGAUCAUGAUGGACUGCUGGGCCGCUGAGCCCUCCAAGAGGCCCUCCUUCCACGCCCUGCACAGCCAGCUGGACUCCAUCUAUGCCAGGAUCUAUUUCAAAACCAUCGAGGUCUGAGGCGGACUUCAGCGAGCCGGAGCUGGACUCCUCAUUGAGGAAGUCGGUCGUCUCCAGCAAUAAGAGAUAAGAGAGGCCGUGUGGUUCCUGGACUCUGGUUGAUGACUGUUGAACAUGGAGCCAUCCUGCCAACAAAUACGUCAGGACUGUGCCGCGACACGGAGCGUUUUCUUUUUUUUACCUUCUUCCUGUUUCUAAAUGCUAUUUUACUACAAGUGUGUGCCAAUUCAGUGUAAGCAUCGCCCGGGCUGUUACAAGUGCCGCACAGGUCCGGUCCAGCGAUGGAACUGCGACAGAUCGGCGAAAGGACGCGGCGGAAAUGUGCAAUAAUGCGCGGCCCCUCUUCAGGGGUGAUGCCACAAAUGUAAGUUGAAGAAGCUUGAUCCUGUUUACCCGAUUAUUAUGACUAUUUUUUAUGAUGACAGGUUCUAAAAAUGUUCCACUUUUCUGCACCAAAAGUUUCGCUCCCGUUUUUUUAAAUGUAUGGCUCUUAAACCAACGAUGGAGGAUGCUACUGUUCCCGCAGCGUUGCUAUGGAAACGUGACCUUGUCGACUCAUUCAGUGAGGAGCAGGUCCUGCUGCUGAGGCCCGGCACCAUCACCUCUGUUAGCGUGAUGAUUGCUGCAUGGAGGUCCGGCAUAUUGGGCUGGUGCUCGAGCUGAGAUGUGGAGGCAGCAUGCUCGGGCUCCUUUCAUGUGUUCACCCGCCGCCUGUCAGGCUCCUUAUGACACCGCUGAAGCUCUUCCACAGGCCUGCGGUGACGGCCGACCACCACCACCCGAGUGCCUCUGUUUACACGCAGCACACGUCACUUGUAGCAACUCUAUUUUAAACGACAAAAUAAAAGCCACUGAAUGCAGCACAAC